UUGCAGGUCGGGAUAUCACACAGUUUGUACAGCAGCUACUGCGUGAUCGAGAGCCUCAAAUACCUCCAGAAGACUCAAUGGAGGAAGCUAAACGCAUCAAAGAAUCCUACAGUUAUGUAUGCCCAGACAUUGCCAAGGAAUUCAAGAAAUAUGAUGCGGAUCCCGAGCGAUGGAUCAAGCAACACACUUUCAAUCACUCUGUGAAUAAGAAGGAAAUUGUGGUUGACGUUGGAUAUGAACGAUUCAUGGGCCCCGAGAUAUUCUUCAGUCCCGAGUUUUCUAAUCCUGAUUUCACAGACUCAAUUUCUGAUGUGACCGAUGCUGUCAUUCAACAAUGUCCCAUCGAUGUUCGAAGGGGGCUGUACAAGAACAUCGUGCUUUCCGGAGGAACAACCAUGUUCAAAGACUUUGGUCGGCGAUUGCAACGCGAUGUCAAGAAGAUCGUUACCAAUCGACAAGAAGAGAGUGCGAAAUUGAGCCAGGGCCGCAUUCAGCCGACGCCGAUGGAUGUUAAUGUUAUUUCGCACAAAAUGCAGCGCUACGCUGUCUGGUUCGGAGGCAGUAUGCUGGCUUCCACGCCUGAAUUCUACUCCGUGUGCCAUUCUAAGGCGGAUUACGAAGAGUAUGGACCAUCAAUCGCCAGACAUAACCCCGUGUUCGGUGCGAUGAAUUAAACUCGAUGUGGGACAUGGGCGUUUGAGUCACCUGUGUUCAACCAUAGCGCCGUCAUGGAUCACAACUACACCCUUAGUUCCUCAGUUCCUCUUCACAACUCGGUGAUAAUAAAUAAAAUCGUUGGAACGCUUGACAGAGAUA